AUGGCUCCAAGAACAAAUGCCAGAGUACAUGCAGCAAAGCACGGGGACAAGGACUACUCCUGCUUCUGGCCCGGCAUACACAAAUAUUGGUUCAAAACAUGGCCAGAGCGCAAUAUUCUGUUCCCCGACAUCCCUGGUGACGUGUCGCUCACUGUUGAGCAGACGAAACAAGAAGUUAAAGCUGAAGAGCAACGUAAAGUUCAACUGGCAACCUGGUUCCGUUGGCGGGCGGGUUCAUCCAAAAAGAAUCGCGGCUUGAAGAAGGAACAGACUGUCUUUGAUGCCGCCCUGCGACUGAAGACGCGUGCAAAGUCUGUCGAAGAGAUCUAUAUGGGCAUGGUCUACGACGAGCAGAUCAAACCCCUGGUCAAGGCCGAACAAGAAGCGGGCAAUGUGACUACUUCUGGUCACCGCAUGGCAUUGGGUCGAAGGUUCUCCAAGGAGCUCUUAGAAGAUGAGUCGGACGAGGUUAAGAAGGAGGUUAGAAAGAGGUACGACAAGCAGAUAAAAGGUAGCAAGGGAAAGGGUGACAUACUGGAUGACGAAGAUGAUGAUAACGAUGAAAGUGAUCCUGAUGCCAUCGCAAAAGGUAUUGACGAAUUGCCAAUCAUAUGCCAGCGCUUUGCACGCCUUGUCAAAAAACAAACUCAAUUCAUUGUGUCCUUCAUGUGCGCCGGACCUGACCCAAGGCAUAAUCAGAACAUAGUUACUUUAUCGUGCCAUCCAUCAGAAACCUCUGGUGGGCGCAAUUUUGCCCACUUGUACCCUGAUGAGGACUAUGCCUUCCUCGGUGCGUACCAGGAAUUUGCAGAAUCAAUAUUCUCUGCGAAGGAACAUGACCCCUUGCUGCCAGCUACCACGAACGUCGGAGAUGGCAACAGGAGUGAGGAACUCGAAGAGUAUGGUAGCGGCGAAGAGGAUGAAAGUGGCGAAGAGGAUGAAAGCAGAGAGGAGAACGAAGGAGGUACUGAUACCAUGAGCUGGGAUAACCCCGGCCUUUAUACGAUUUUGCAGACACCUGAUGCAUCAACCGGACCUGAUGCAUCAACCGGACCUGAUGCAUCAACGACAACUGAUGCAUCAAUGGCAGGCACCGUGGCGCUGGCACCGGCUGGCUUCACUGAUGCAUCACUUCAGCUUACGGGACCAUUCUACUCUCAGGUAAGAGUCUUACACGCCGUCACUCCCACUAUGUUACCUGACGAUUUUCUGAUAUAG